AUGAAAUUAGAAGGAAAAAAUGAAGAUAAAAAAGAUGAAGUGGAACAAAAGAAUAUUUCACAAAGAAUGAAGAAAUUAUGUUCUAUAUUAAAUAGUCCAAUUAUUGAUAUAAAUGAACUUAAAAAUAUUUUGUGGAGUGGAAUACCUGAUGAAAUGCCUUUUAAUGUAAGAGAAAAAUGUUGGAAGUUAGCUUUAGGCUACUUACCUUUAAAUACUGAAGACACUGAUAAAGUAUUAAAAAAAAAAAGAGAUGAAUAUGAAAAUUUGAAAAAGCAAUAUUAUAACAAAAAUAAAUUAUCUGAAGAAGAGUUAAAAAUAUUACGUCAAAUAAAAGUUGAUAUUCCUCGUACAAAAUCAUGUUAUAAUAUUUUUAUAAAUAAAAAAAUACAACAGAUAAGUGAGCAUGUUUUAUUUAUAUAUUCCGUUAGGCACCCUGCAUGUGGUUACGUUCAAGGAAUAAAUGAUUUAAUUACUCCUUUUUUAAUAGUUUUUUUAAGACCAUUAGUUACUAAAAAAGAAAUAAGUUCUGAUGAUAUUGAUAAAGUCACUGAUGAUGAAUUAAAAAAUGUUGAAUCUGAUUUAUAUUUUUGUCUUUCUAAAUUAUUAGAACAAAUUCAAGAUAAUUAUACUUUUGGUCAACCAGGAAUACAGAGAGCUAUAAUAAAAGUUAAAGAAAUUGUGAAAAGAAUUGACAUUUCACUUUUUAAUCAUAUUUAUAAUAAUAAUAUAGAUUUUAUUCAGUUUUCUUUUAGAUGGGUAAACUGUUUGUUAUUACGAGAAUUUCCUAUAAAUAUAUCUGUUAGAUUAUUAGAUACAUAUAUUAGUGAUAUAUGUGAUAUUUUUACAGAUUUUCAUCCUUAUAUUUGUGCUGUUUUUUUAGUACAUUGGUCAAAACAUUUAAAAGAAAUGGAUUUUCAGCAAAUGCUACUAUUUAUGCAACGCUUCCCAACACAAAAUUGGAAAAUUCAAGACAUCGAAUCUAUUUUGUCAGAAGCUUUUGUUUUAAAAAAUGCUUUUCAAUCAUCUCCAAAACAUUUUUCUUAA